AGCAUCACACUUCGGUCGGUGUGUUUCAGUCUCGUUUCGAGCGUGAAUCGGUUCGGUUGUGUUCCAAGUUCACUUGCGUUCGGAGGGCUCAUACACAAUCGCUUCACCGGGUUAAGCUUUCAUUCAGCCUGUGGAGUGAUUUUACUAUUAGUUUAGUGUAUGAGAAGGUUGAAAGAGGGAUUGUGUGCAGGUGGCAUUCUGUAAACACUACCGUAUCGGGGUGGAGAAAUCUCGCACUGCACUCCGGGUGUGCCGAGUCAUUCUUGAAGUGAAAUGAAAACGUUGAGUUAGAAUCGAAAAGCUGGGAAAUGUCACCCAAGAGUUUUUGAACGACGACAGAAAGGUUGAUUAUAAUGUUCAAACCCAGACCCUGUCAACAGUAUCAUAAACUAGACUCAUUCGAACGACGGCCGGUGAUUUAGUGCAAAGAUAACGCACUUUUUGACCGUGGAUUACAGCCAAUUCACAGUCGAAGCUUUUUCACAGCACAUCCAGUUGGGACGUGAUGCGUCACAAUGAAUCAGUGUUUCGAAGGCCACGUCAUUUUAUAAGGUGGAAAUCGAGUUCUUGGCAUUAGCAUAACAAAAGGUGCUAUUUGGUUGAAGCAACAGAAAACAAGAAGCCAAAUCGUACUGCAGAAGUGGGUGUAAUUUGACGGAUGUUAAACCGAUUCGACAUUUCACAGGUCAUUUGUGUAUAUUACGGAGGUGCUUGUGCGCGACAGAACCGAGGUCGUUGAAAAUCGUGAGUGAUUAUAGCACCAGAUAAUGUGAACCGGUCACUUUUUUCCCACGAUUUGAACAUAACCGAAUAAAUUUGUGGAAUAAUUUCUACAGAGAAAGCAGAAACGACAAUUUCAUCAGGACGGUGGUCCUGGGCCAACCGGGCUGUAGUGGUUUCGUUUGCGGUGUCGUCCGCCAGAGACUAAUUUUCGUUGGGCCAGUUAAUUGCUUUCAAGGUUUCGCAAGGGUACGAGAUAUAUGAGCAAAAAGCAGGAAAGCCACUCAUUUCUCUUUCUUAACGUUGUCGUUCCUAGCAGCUGUUGUGCGCUUGCCAGUCAAAGAAGAAAAAAAUAUACAAUAUAUCCUCUAAGGAGAAGUGUGCAGAAGCUGACUGAGUGAAAUUGAUAAUUGAAAUUUACGUGCGUGGAUUGGAGAAGUUGGUGAAAAUAGCAGUACGAACAGAGCUUCUGCAUGUUUGAAACGGAUAUCAAACUUCUGCAUUCAGGUGGAUGAAAUAUUGAUAGUGCGGUAGUGUACACAAAUCAAACUGAAACCGUAACUAUUAGGACGGAAGAAAAAUCAAUUACAAAACAAAUUUCGAACGUUUCCUGGCGGAAAUGAACCGUAUACCGAAAGUGAAGUUUACCAAACAAACACCAACGUAGUGAAAAGCAUACGUUGGAACCGGCGAGUGGAAGUAAAAAAGCGAUCGACAAUUUCGUUCAAGUAAUUGAAUUUCUCCGACGAAAAAAUAGAAAAAAGGGAGGCGGAUCAUUUGGUGAAAUUUUUGCCCUCAAGUGGUACGACGAAGUAUCAUAAAUCGUGAUUUAGUGCAAAAUUCUAACCGAGCUCGUUUACUGGAAAUAUUUUGUAAGAUUUCUUAAAGGAUAUCCAACUAGAAUAAAAACAAAUAUAGAGUGACAGUUCAAGAUUUUUUUUGAAUUGGACUGUGGAACAGCAAUUGAUUCGUUUGGAACAAGGCAGAACACAAGUACAUAAACAGGUGUUGUUAGUAUGAAAAUCUAAAUAAUUUAAGUAUUAAAUAAAAUGGGAAAUGGUAAAUCGGAGCAGCAGGAAAGUGUGCUACACCAACGCCUCUGGUAGCGCUCUCGUUUAACCCGAUUGGAAUAAUAAUUAAAUUUGGCUCGUUCUUUUGCACCCAUUCACUCACCGUAUCCCUGCUGCAUACAGUUUCACACUCACACCAGUGCACAUGGCAGGUAUCACCGUUCGGAGGAAAAGUUUAGGACUAACAUUCGGUAGUGAAAUAGCAGCUGUAGCAUCUUUACCAGAAGCAACAGAAACAAGGAUAUCCGAUCCUAAGACUAGCGGACACGGCAGCUGUGGGACAGCGACGAUGGCGCAGGAAGCGGCGAAAAGGCUGAAAAUGAGGAAAAACAUGAGAUCGAUGAUGUGCUUCGUGAUAUUUCUGCUGGUUUUCAUCAUGAAUUAUGGAUCCUGUCUUGGGCGACCCGAUCCUUUCAUAUCUACAAUUGAUGUUGACGGACCGACAGUAGUGCCAAAAUUUAUGACUCGAGGACACCUUUACAAGGCAAUUAUCGGUGACUCUAUCGAGUUACCGUGCAAAGUAAAAGACCUAGGUUCGUACGUGCUGCUGUGGCGCCGGGGGACAUCGGUGCUUACGGCGGCCAAUUUGAUGGUGACGCGUGAUCCUCGUUUCAAACUGGUCGAGGGCUACAAUCUGCAGAUAGCGAAUGUGAAAAUUCAGGACGCUGGCGAUUAUAUCUGCCAGAUCGGUGACAAUGAGAGCCGGGAUCAGGUGCACACACUGGAAAUUUUAGUGCCUCCAACGAUACGAGUGGUGCCACAAAAUCGACAAUUCACAGCCCGGAAAGGUGGCACCGUGACGCUCGAGUGUAAAGCUUCGGGAAAUCCGGUGCCAGCUAUCUACUGGCACAAAAAGGACUCAUUCACGGGCGCAUCGCAUCUAUCGGAGAGCACCACGCUGGUCAUGGAACGAGUGGAUCGGCACCACGCCGGUAUAUACCAGUGCACGGCGGACAACGGCGUCCGGGAAGCAGUGAAUGCCGAUAUCGAAGUUACGGUCCUGUCCCCGCCGGACAUCACAGUCGAGAAAACCUGGGUGCACGCCAGUGAAGGCUUCGACAUCGACCUGGUUUGCACAGUGCACGGUGACGUAAAUUCUGAGAUGCUGUGGUAUCAGAACUCCUUUCUGCUGGAUCCCACCGAUCGUCGUGCGAUGUACUCCAAGGGAGACAAAUACACGUUGAAUAUCCGCAACUUUCAGCAGUCCGAUUUCGGCAACUAUAGCUGUGUUGCGGACAAUGCUCUCGGUCGGACGAAGAAGUACAUCGAGGUCUCGGGCCGUCCGGGUCCGGCCAACUUCCUUUCACCAGCUUACAGCACCCACCUGGACCGAUACAAUCUGACGUACACGAUCGAAUCGAUACCGCCGCUGGAUGAAAUAAAACUACUGUAUCGAAAGCUAAUGAUGAACGAAACAUAUCAACAUCCGGGCAACUGGGAGGACACGAUUUUAGUACCAACAUUAACCCGAUCCGAUCCGACGCAUUUUAUUAUGUCGCAUGUGAUAAAGGGAUUAUCGCCCAACUCGGUGUACGAAGUGAUGAUUCAGGCGCGGAAUAUGCACGGCUGGAAUGAGAUCAGCGACAUACACCAGUUCUACACACGUAACUACGAGUUGGCAUUGAACGAACUGGAAUUCGUGAUGAGUUCGAUUUCCAACAGUGGAGCCGCCCGGUGGAUGGUUAGUUCACUUAUUAUUAAGUUACUCGUGUUGAUUGUUGUGCUGGCUCACUAAUUCGACGAGUGCUGGAAUAAGGCACUUUCAUUCGACGGAGUAAACAGUUGGUGUUGAGCUUCCUCCUGUGACCCCCACUACCACCACUCUCUCGAUUAAGCUGCUUAAUUAUAAAAGCGGCAAAACGUUCAUCAGAAGUACUUUUUACUAAUGGUAAUUGUGUCCGCUGAUAGCGGUGUAUGUGCGUAGACUGUAAGGUUAGCAAUAUAGAGUCGAAGUAGAUAUAUUUGCAUCCAAGUCCGUGAUAAAUGAACUGAGAACUUCAUGGUUAAAUUAUUAGGUCACUAUAGUCGUACAUUUAGAGAAAGCUGAGAUAGAAAGUGGUAGGCACCAGCUAGUAAGGCAAGGACAUCCAAUUUUAGAAUACCGUAAUAUAAACUACAAUGAAACAUGGAGCAAAAUAAAAAUCCUUGUUCAUAAUGAAGCCAUUUUGGGAAUAGGGAAAUCGAUGGAAAGCGUCCAGUAAACAGACAAAAUAUUCUUCAUAAAUAAGUCAACAAACGAGAAAUCAGCUGCUAAUGUGGUUAAUGUUUUUAGAGAAACCGGUAAAAUGUGAUUUAGAUUAUAUCUGUUCUUCACUGUACAUGUAUGGGUGUAUGUACCAGUCCAUGAGUGUAUGAUGACGUAUCAAAAUAGGAAUAUAUUGAACAGCAAACCUACGCGGCUGCUUUAUGAAUUACGAUGCGGGGAUUACUGAGUUGAGCUUUCGACCAAUUUCCGGCGUUCCCAACCGAUAAAAUCCCUUUUAGGCGGGCGUACAUAUUUGGUGUUAUUUGUGGAAGCGGAUUAAAAUGGUUCGAUUCGAAUUAAUUGGAUACGUUAUGUGUAAAGCAAAUAUAUUAUGAUGAUCUCUUGUGCGAGUAAACUGCGGUUUAAUCAGCGUCAGGCCAAUAAAACAGCUGCAAAUAGUUUACCGGAUAAAUAUUUUCUUCUGUGCAUUCGAUGCCAGUGUUCAGUAAAUUACAAAACUACAUGAAUUUUCAAUCUUCGUGGGAAUUUUUGUUGUUGUUACCAGGAAACUAUUUUAUUUCUGAUUUGUUACUUGCACGUUUAGUAGAAUUAAUUCACUAGAAAAAUGUUAUAUCACCAUUGAGUUCUACUAUAUCUCACGUCACUAUACACAUUCACUAUAUAUCUCACAGAACUUUAAACAUGUAUAAUAAACGUCACAAUAACCGAUACACUGAUGAAGAAUGUAAAAAGCAUUCUGAAAUACUUAUCUGUAUUGUGGUAUGUAUUAUACAUGCUUAAAGUGUUAUGAGAUACAUAGUGAAUGUGAUAUAUAGUAGAAUUCAAUGGUGAUAAAAUAUUAUUCCAGAGAACUAUUUUACAAUUCGGUCAUCAUGGAUAGGCAUUUACUUAUUAUUGAAUCAACAAUUAUUUUUCUGUUUUUGAGAGCCUGUUUUGAUCAUUUGGUAUUUGGUGUCGUGUUUGAUCGACUGCAGGCGCUGAUAGAACACAACGUUCCCAUUAAUUUUAGCGCUGUUUUUUGAUGUUUUCGAGAACCGUGAUAUAUUCAGUUCAGAUAUUCAAUCUAAGUAUUAAAUAUCUAUGGUUACAAUAUUGUGUGUUGAUCCAUAUAAUAAAAGUUGAAUGCUGAAAUUUAUAUAUCUAGUCUUAAGAUUAUUAUUAGUAUAUCAGUUUUGAAAGCUUCCGCUCGUCUUGUCCAAAACUGCAUUCAUCAUUUACCACUUCACAUAAUCUUUUGCCCUAGUCAACCAGUCACGUUAGUUAGAACCAGAGCUAAUAAAAGUCAUUUUCAUUGACUAAAAAUAGACGAAAAUGACAAGAAAUUACUAUCACUCUCAUCUUUGGUUGCAAACUAUGAGAACGAAAUCCAUGUCCAGUCGAUGACAUAAGCGGGAUAAUAGUUUCAAAAUUGUGUUUUUUCUUUCAUUUGCCCGUUCAGUCAUGUGCGGUUUUCAGUGAAAAUCCCAUAGCAGUGUCGAUAUUCAACCGAAGCUGUGAGAAUUGAAAAUGACAGAGAAAGGUUUCACAAUAACUUUACCCUGUUGGUGCUUGAAUUUGUAGUAGUGUUGAUUUCCAAAGAGGUUCUGGGAUGUAAUUGCUUCGAUUUGCCAUAUUUUAGUCACUUUUUAUAGCCAAGCGUCACAGAUUUUCAAUACAUCGAUGACAGAAUGAGAAUUGAAAUUCUGCUGAUGCUCCCUGAAGACGGUAGUUUGGUUUCGUCUUGUCAUAGAGGAAAAAGUGACGUUGGCAAUUAUACUCUCUCAUUUUUUCGAUGAGAAACGAAAAUGUUUCGUCUCUCUUCGUUUGUUCUGGUGUUAGUCAUUUACGAAUGAGACAGUAAAACAUUGAAAAUGAGACUGUUGGAAUGGUUUCUUUUAUUGAGAAUGUGUGACAAUUUUAAGCUCUGGUUAGAACGGCUGAGACAAUGGUACAGAUGUUCUGCCUAUCGGCAUUCUUACUAUGUGUCCAGCCCAUGUAUUUAAAAAGGCUUUCAAUGACAGUUUGAUUGUAUACUUGGUAAAGCAAGUGGCUCAGAUGUCACUAUUCUUCUCCACUGCCAACUGCCAACACUGGAAAGCAGCAGAAAAACCUUCCAGCGUCUUCUAAUUUUCGGUAUAUUAAGCAACACCAUUGACUGCGUAGAACCACUAUUUCAAGGUAUAUGUACUCGUGGACGACCUCGUAUCUUACUCCCUCAACCUCUUCAACCGCUCUACCAUCCAGAUUCCGGAUCGUUCCGUUUUACUACACGCUGGAUCUUUGUAUCGCAUCGCCUUCAUUUCAUCUUACGUCCCGAAUGCAUCAGAUAUCAUACCAGCAAUUUUGAUGCACAAUUCUGAUCCAUCGAACGUAGCACAUAUCAGUCUGGUCGGUUUCAUCGGAUGCCAUGUACUAACAUUCGUUUCGUUUCACUGAAUCGUACGCUGCCUCAAAAUCUAUAAACAGAUGAUGAGUCCGCAAGCUCCCAAGUAGCACGUUAAGUUUCGGUCCCUUAUGUUUAUACUAAUUGUGCAAUUUAUCAAGUUAGUUUAUAUUACUAUUCUGGUAAGCGUUGUGUAGCGCACUUUUUCUGUGUUGUGCAACAUACCUUUCAGUUCUUCCGUUGUUACGAAUAACGUAUGUUCAACAAUCAGUGAUAUUUGAGGGAGAAAAAUUGAAUAUGCAACUGUAUGAGUUAUGUUAUAGUUAAUAUUAUAUGAACGUUCAUUUGGAACUUGUGAAAUCAAUUUCGAAACAAACUGAAAUAAUAACAAAAACAAAGGCGUUAGAGAUAUAUGACCGUAUAAAAAAUCGAUUGAGAAACUCAUAUAGUUCUCUUGUAGUUGCGCUUUUUUAUGGUGAAAUUUCAUUUCAUUGGUGUUUGCAUGGUAAACUUCUCAUAUUGACCUAAAAAUUUAUGAAGCUGCAAAAGCUCUUAUCAUUUUGUACCUUGCGGAGAGCAUCAUUUUCCCCCCCUUUUCCUUCAUUAAGAGAUUUUUCUCCGUUUCAGCAUAUAUUGUGUCUGAUACAAUUAUGACAGCCAUUUGGAAAAUUUUUGGUGAGUUGCACGACUAUUAUAAUUACUUUCUUUUUCCACGCCGAUGUAAGUUUUUUUUGCAGAACUUGAUUUGCUGCACAAUUGUCGUAGAUGCACUCAAAAGCUGUUCUACAAUGAUUUAUGGUAUUGUGAAACUCAACAGUGAUAAUUUGCACAACCGAUUUUAUUAUGUGUAAAUAACUUCCUGAACAUAUCUAACAUAAAUAACAAUACUUAAACAAUUGUGGAACAUCUCGAAAUUUCAAUAAGUUAUAUUUGCUACUUGAGAUAGUUUCCCAGAAAGUGUUCAUUCGUAGAAAAUAAUUUGUUUAUUAUAUUUAUAGAUGCAUAUCGUAGUAAUUUUCUUUCUUGGAAAAGAAUCGCUCUCAUUGCUAUCCAAAAAAUAGAGAGAACAAUCCCAUCUAAUCCCAUCCCAAGCAAUUCUAUCUUUAGUCAUAUUCUUAGCCUCGUUAAUAGCUAAAAUAACAAAAAUUAUAACUCAAUUUAACCUAGGUGAUAACAAAAUUGUUACAAACCUUGAUAUGUAAAUAUCAAUAUUAUAUCUAAAUUUGUUACAAAUUAAAAGUACGACUUUUCAGUUGUUAUUACCCAAUUUUUGGGGGAAUAAGCUUUACCGUGAUGGCUGAAUCGAUUUUCGUAAAUUUAGAUUAGAAUAAAACUUCGUUUGAAAAAUUUGAAAAAGUGUAUAUUAUGAUUGAUGAUGAACCAAUCGCCUAUUAGUCACAUUAGUUUGCGAUAUCCGCAGCCAGAAGCCCAGCAAGUAAUGUUCAAAAACCAUCAAAAUACAACUUUCAUUCUGGUUUGAUUGAUUCAUAUCUACCUAGAUUGACUCACAGAAAAAUGAUUCAAAUGGAAAGUCUCAUAAUGCGGGUCGGUUGUUUUAAACUCUACAUUUCAAAUUUCGAAUUCCAGCUCAUGGUUCCGGAUUGGAAGUAAUCAAAAUAAUACGAAAUGAGACUGUCAUAAAUUUAUCAGAUAUGAAUGAAUAGAACUUUCCAAAUCUAAGGCAUUAUGGUGCGAUAAAUCGUUUUUGUCUGAUUCAUGAAUGUAAAAAUGCAAUGAUAUAGAUGACAGCGGACAAAAUGUGCUAUCUGUAAUUUGUAGAUCUUAUUAAUUGAUGACCUAAUCAAGUUAUUUGGUAUUACUUCAAUUUGCUUUAGGCCAUGAUAAUAUCAACAGCGCCACCAGUAAACAUUUUUCAAUGUAAUAUUAACAAAGUGUUUUAUUUAGAACUACGUUCAUCCGAUCAACAUAGUAUAAAGUACAGCAAGAACUAAAGAUAAAUCGGUACGAUUUUUUUAUAGAAUUUUGUUGCUCUAUUUCCAGUACAUCCGGGGUCCGGUAAAACUAAAGUCACUACUUUCAAUCUGCAACUAAAAGACCUAUAAAUCGAAAAAGCUGAGUUUAGAUUUUGGUUUUGAGCCCAGUUUAGAUUUUGUUUUUCGUGUACUGCAGCGUCACUUUUGAAAACGUUUUGAAAUUUUGAACACUUAUCACUCUGUGUUUUCGAAAACAAAAAUCGGUCACCGAUAAAAUUGAAGAAUUCAAGCAUUCAUUUGACUCCAAGUUUGUGAAAAUCAUAUCUGAGGAAACAUUGUAGAAUUCAAUGAACUGAGUCGAAUGCACUUUUUCCAAUAUUUAUUAGUCGAGUUUUAAAGCUUUUGCCUUACCUUUCUUUGUUCGUAAAAGAAAAAGCGCAAAAUCAUCUUGAAAAAUAUUUAUUUUCAAUUUAAAAUUAAUAUUUGAAUAAAAACUUUACACAAUUUAAGUAGGAAUUACUUAGGAACGUUCUCAAAUUUGAAAUUUAGACCGUCAUUCCAAAAUCAAAUAUCAAAUUAUUGUUUUCAAAAGCAUCUUCAGGUAUGUUAAAUUGGAAAAAUGUUUGUAACUGUUUUUUAUUGAAGCAUAGCAUUUUUCUGGUUGAAAGUCAAAAACAUGAUUGACAAAAGUGUUUAAACUCUUUUUUUCUCAAUUCUCUAGAAGAGUUUUACCUGAAAUAUAACGGCCCUUAAUAUAAUAUCUGGACUUGCUAUAAUCUUAAUAAAAUCUGAAUGUUUGCUUCUGAUUUGAUCAUAUUUAUAACAUAAUGAGAGAUAAAUAUUAGGAUCAUAUAUAAUUUUGAUAGAAUCCUGUUAUGUUCUGUUGAUCGGGAAAGGUUCACUACUCAAGCCCUUAUUCAUUGGUUCGGCGUCACUGUUACUGGUAGGAACAACGUUGUGUGGUUUUAUUUUCCUAGCGAUACUGUUCAAUUGAUGUUAAACUAUUGUAGUAUUGACAUUGGUCUGAGCCGGUGUAAAAGAAGUACCGUUGUCGUUGGGUGUAGGUGUUUUUUUAUUCAGUUUUUCAAAUGACUUACCACACAGAACAACGAGAAUUGUUUUGAAUUUGCAUUCGUAGGCCUUUGGUUUUAGUCUUCCAUUGAAUUCCGAAAAAAAUUUCGCUUAAAAGCCUCUGUCGUAAGACCAUACAAUAGUGAACAGCUUUUUGACAGUGCUGACAUGUGGCCAGCUGAUUGUCGUAGGUGACCAGCGAUCAAGAUCAAAUAAAUAAAUCGAAUCGACUUCGACCAUACCGAUUACUGGUAUCCGAUUGCAAGAACACAUAAAGAAUUGCUGGGAAAACUUCGAAGUGAAACUUAUAUUGAGUUCUCAUAGUAGCAAUUAAAACGAGUUAAACAGGACCUGUUCCACAGUUGCUACAGAUCAGUUUUUUUUGUCGGAUAUGUUAAACAAUUAAUUCCACGCGCUAUCGUAACAAAUGUGAAAGUUAUUAAUUUGAUUAUUUGCGUCAAUUACAAGAGGGGCUCCUUGAAAAGCUUUUAGGUGUGGGAUAGUAUGGUGGUCAGUUUGAAAAAAUAAAUUUAGAAGAGGAUGAAUUUGCACUAUCACAUUCCAGAGACCCGCCCGUAACUCUAAGAGCUAAAUUUGUGUAUCUUUUGAUAAAUUUGGAUACUGGAUACUGCAUUGCAUUAAUAUUGAGAAACAUUGCGUGUUAUGCCUUUUUUGUGAUCAUGAUAACUACAUCAAAAGAGUGUAAGAUAGUGUUUAAGUUUAUUGAUAAUUGGCGACAAACAAUAACUGCCAACCUUGCAUAGCAGAAAGAUUUCACGAAAAGAUAGUGUUGCUGAUUGAACUUUUGUUUGAAAAAAUACUGAAUUCUGCAUAUAGAAAGGAGAUGUUUCAUACCUAUCGAACAGACUGUCUAAUCUACACUCUUAGAAAACAUGAAAUUUUCGCUUGACGUAAAUUCAAGCAUGCCAUAAUUUCUUCGGUGUUGGCACAAUAUUACAUCUAUUAACAUACACACAAGUUUUAUGUCUAUAUCGAUGUAAACAUCAGUUAAAUGAACUGUGAAGCUAAUGAUAUGACUUAUUUUUCGAGUUUUGAUUUGUAAACUUAUGUGAAUUACGACGCUCAUUCUAUGUGUGUCUAUAAAGACGUAAAUUAACACGUUUUUACCUUUUUUUAUAAAUAUAAAAAAUAGGUAUAGAAUUCGCUCAAACUUUGGAAAAAUUUUCCGAGGCCAGGAGGGCCGAGUGUCAUAUACCAAUCGAUUCAGCUCGACGAACUGACUUUGUCCGUGUGUGUGUGUGUGUGUGUGUGUGUGUGUGUGUGUGUGUGUGUGUGUGUGUGUGUGUGUGUGUGUGUGUGUGUGUGUGUGUGUGUGUGUGUGUGUGUGUGUGUGUGUGUGUGAGUGUGUCUGUAUGUGUGUUGUCAACUAAGAGGUCGAGAUCUCAGAGAUGGCUGGACCGAUUUUGAUCAAACUAGUCGCAAAUGAAAGGUCUCCCCGUCACCCAGAACGCUAUUGAAUGGUUUUGAGAUCGGAUGUUUAAUUUUGAGUAAUACGAAGUUUUAUGUCAAAAUUUUCAGUUUUCUGCCAAUAUCUGUCACAAUUGACCUUGAAAACAAAAUAUGUUUCCAGACUUAGAUUCCGCACGGAAAUAGCUAUCCAACAAGCCUUAGAUUGUUAAAAUCCGUCCAUUUUUAACAGAGAUAUCGAUAUUUUUGUGUAAGCGACUUUUCCCCCUAUUCCAGCAGUAGGAGUUUUGAGCGCUGUAUGACGAAGCAAUGCUUGGGAGCAACGUGAAACACGAUUUUUUAUACUGUUACAUACGAUUGCUUCUAGGUACCAUAAAGACUGUGUACAACAUCCUUUUUCAUGACAGUUUGCCUCGGACCGAUUUUAGCACGGCUCGUUUUUGGCAACAUUAUUUUUAUUUUAUUAUAUCGUUUAUUUAUACCCAGUUUCUUUUGGCAACAUAAUCGUUCGAAAACGACAUAUGUAAAUCAGAUGAUGGCCAAGAUGGCAGCAUUUUUGAGUUAAAACAAUUGCAUAAUUAUAUUGAUUCAAACUACUGACAGUAAUGAAUGCUGGAAGAACAUGAAACCAAUAUACCAUUCGAAUCAGUUCGUCGAGAUCAGCAAAUGCUUGUGUGGAAAAUAAUUUCAUUGUGUCUUUGAGAUGACUCAACCAAAACUAACUCAGAUUCAUACGAGAAGUGCUUCCGAACAAAGUUCCUGAAUUACGUCUGCAUCCGACUUCUGGUUCCUGAGCUACAGGAUGAUAUGUCAAACGAAAUUAAAAUAGUGUAACUCAUUUUUGUCAUAGAUGCCUUAGAUGAUCUAAGAUUCAAAUGAAAUCUAAGAACCAUCUAAGAUUCAAAUAAAGGGUCGUAAGAUUCUAUAAAACAUCUUGCUUUUUAGUCAGUCUGCACUGAUUUCCAAACAAUUUGAAUCGAAUGUAAACUGUACAACUCCUCAGGUGAAUUUAACUGACUUCGACUACACUGAUUUUGAAUUCCGGUUCCAGUAUCCAAUCGUUUUCUCAAAAAAUUGAAUUUCAAAAACAAAAAUUCUAAUUAAAGAAUUUAUGGUCCCAUGCAAAAUUAAUGAAUUUUAUCCGAUUCUGGAAUUACAGGGUGAUGAGUUUUUAAAAUUCAAGCCGAUAUAGAAGAUGACAAUUCUAAAAAGUUUCAAAGUUGGACUGAAAACUAUUGCAAUUUCGUCAUAUUUUUUUUGCCAUACGAAUCGUUCUGGGUUAUGCUGGUUCCUGAAUACCGGCUCUGGAAGUACCGUAAAUAACCGUAAACUCUAAAUUGAAACUUUCUUCGACAUCUCAUGGAACGUUCAAUCGAUUAUCACACGUUUAGAUUCAAAUUUGAUCCGAUUUGCAGCUUCGACAAUACAGGGUAUUGAGUGAUUAAAAUCACAAAUUACCGCUUAAAACGACGGUCAUUAAAAUAAUGUCAUGAGAACUAAACCGAAGAAUAUUCAUGCAAAAAACUCAUGCGGAUUGAUAAAAAAAGGUAUCAUCUCACUGCUAGGUGGAUUAAACACGUUUUUUUCUAAGUGUUUAGUCUUGUCCAACAUCCGCAAUAAUCCGUGUUUGGAUAAUUACUUCCGAUCAUAAAUGAUAACGGGCUACCGUAACACGGUACUCUCGAUAGUGCCCCCGGACUAAAAUAUUCAGUACACCUGAGCCAACCGGCUGCAGUUUUUCGCAAGUUUCAAAAUGAAAGAUCCACGCCCAGCGAUCGAAGCAUAAAACAAACCGAUUCACUUAAAAACUUUUCCCGCUAAUGUGGUUCCCUGGUGUGGGACCGAUAGUGGCCAAUAUCGGGAAAUCCCCCUUGUAAACUAAUGGAUGCUUUGAGUACCAGGACCAGGUAUCCGGUGGUCAUGAAUAUUGUAAGCAGGGUUCAGUGCUUCCGCUGUGCCCGAAGAGUCCUUCCGUCGUCUGUUAGAUUUUGUUUUUGCUAGUGCAAUCCCAUCGUCAUCGUGUUCGAUUAUCAAGACAAGAAACACUUCCGCACGGAGUUUAGUUGAGGGAGCCCCGUUUCAGCAUCACAACAACUUUUACCUGGAAAGUUUACCACCCCGAACACACAGCGUGGCUUGCUGCCGAGUAAUCCCGAUCACAGUUGGACUAAAUCGUCUUAAAAAGCUGGAAACUGGGAGCGAAAACUUUCUGCUCGUCGUAAACUUUUACUUAUGCUUUUCUCGCUACGGGCACUCGUCCGGAUCAUCCGGUCUAAGACUGUUUCGCUUUCCUAUUCAGUUACAUCCGAUGGAAAACUAUUCGAUUUCCCAAUAGAAGUAGAAUUUCUCCUGAAAAUGUUUCCUUUGCGGGUCUACCGGGCGGUAAGUGUGUAUGCGAAUGAAUGUCCCUAGGUAAACACGAAACAGGGCAGGUAUGUGAGUGUGGGAGUAACUUUGCUCUUCGCCGAUCCGGUGGCGGUUGACAUUCCAGUUCCAACAGAAAAGCCGCCGGAACUUGUCUCUUAAUGCUAGUGUAGCCGGAUGGUGCGGCAAGAGCUGCGGUCAAAGUUCGACUUCAAAAUCCCCGCAGCACGCGAAAGCUCAGCGUAAAUAAAUAGGCAACCCGACCCCCGGUACUGCAGACAGAAGAAAGGUUGCAUUUUUGCCGUUGCUCAGCCAAAGAAAUAAACGGUCGGCUUAAUGUGGAUGGCAGGAAAAGCCGAGUUACACAAUCUGUGAGGCAAUGAUUUGAUAAAUAUUUGAGUAAAAUAAAGUGCCUUAUGAAUCAUUUCGUUUAUUUAGGCUUGUUUUGAUAUGACAUGUGUACAUACGACUUCCGGAAAGAAAAGAAAAACGUGUCAGAGCUGAUCAGCACUCAAUCGGUAGAUGGAUAGUUGGUGUCUCUAGGAAGUUUUUUUUAUAUCGUGAAUCGAACAUAAGCUAGAGAGACCUUUGAUAAUAGACGUAUGCAAAUGUGUAAAGUAGUGUGCAAUUGUGUUUAUUAGGGUAAGUAAUGAAAAUAACAACAGGAAAUUAGCUGCUUCGAAAACAUUUUUUUUUGAAAAAUAUGCCCAUCGAUUUUUAUUUUAUAAGUUCAGUAACUAAGGGUUAUUGGAAGAUUUAUUGAAACGAUAUGAAAAACUGAAACCGUCAAAUGUUUUCAAUACUAUACAAAUCACUUUAAUAAUUCGUUAGUAUUGGUUUCUAAUUUAUCAGAGUGACGAAAAACCAAGCACUAUUUGCAGUCAACCCAAGUUUUUAUAACAUUAUUGUAAAUAGUUAUUACAAAAAAAAAUACAACAUUGUACUGUAAGUCAAAAAUAGAAAAGUAUCACAAACCGUCAAAUGGAAAUGAAGAAAAAAACUCACAUGCUUCUAAAGCAGAAAAUAGCUAAUGAGCGUAAUUAAAUGAUGUAAUGAACGUAACUGAAUAAUGCAAAAACAGUACAUACACUUUUUGGAGACUGUUCUGAAAAACAUCAUGUGAAGCAGUACAGGACGGAAAAAAAGUCCAGCAUAAAAAUAAAUGUUUUUAUCCUAGUGUAAUCACGGCAGAAUUUUCCGCAAGAAUAUGAUGAUACCAAAAAUUCACAACAACCCUUGUAAAAAGCUAUCGCAUAAUGUAGCAUCAAUAAAACGUAAAAGUAAAAAUGUGUAAAAUUUACGGUAACAAUAAAAAAAAUUCCAGAGUAACGAAA